AUGGAGGCUUCAGGCGCAGACAAGGGCUUCUUUCAGAAACCGCCCGUUCUGAAGAAUCAGUUCUACGACGAUGUGGCGUUCCAGAGAUGCUUUAAGCGCUCGGGCCGUGAUGUAUUCGGUCAGUGGAAGGGUGACCUAGUCACUGGUGAAGGAUGGCGUGGUCUCCAGAACUUUGGUCUAUCUCGAGGUUUCGUCGCAGCCGGAUACGAUACUGAAUACGGUCCAUUCGCACGAGCAUACCAGUUCUUGCGUAUACAGCUUUGGACGCCGUCGUGUGCCAACGUCGGCUGUCCUUCUGCUAUGCAAGACGGCGCCGCUCGACUUUUGCAGACGCACCUCAUGAGCCCUGAACUCUCAAAACGCCUAACGGACACACAGAGAAGAGUGUUUGAGAAUGCGUUCCAACACCUCACCUCAAGAGAUGCUUCAUAUGCCUGGACUAGUGGGCAGUGGAUGACUGAAAGAACAGGAGGCAGUGAUGUAUCGCUGACAGAAACCACAGCAAUACAUCAGCCUAUAUCCGACCUCGGAUUGGCAUCCAAGAUCGAAGAUAUCCCCCUAGGACCCUGGAGUAUCAGCGGCUUCAAGUGGUUCUCUUCAGCAACCGACUCAAGAAUGACUGUCCUUCUCGCCCGUACAUCCAAAGGUGGGCUCUCAACUUUCAUCGCGCCCAUGUAUAAGCAUGAUCCUCAUGCUCUUACGGCCACGGGUCAAUCAAAAGAAAACGGAGAGAACCUAAAUGGUGUACGCAUCCAACGACUCAAGAACAAGUCAGGCACACAGUCCCUUCCUACGGCCGAACUUGUUCUAGAGGACAUGCGGGCUUGGCUUGUAGGCCAGGAAGGUCAUGGCAUUCAAGAGAUUGCAAAUGUCCUGACAUUGACUCGAGUUCAUUCUUCAGUUUCAGCCGUUGGUUAUCUAGGAAGAGGGUUAGCCAUCGCAAGGGCUUAUGCUCGAGUACGAGAAGUGGGUGCGGGAAGGGGUGCUCGGAUGAAGCUCACAGAAAGCUCCUUACAUAUGAGAACUCUGUCCAAGAUUUCGUGCGAAUAUCGAGGGCUCAUGCUUCUUUCCAUGUUCACAUCUCAUGUUCUUGGAGUCUCCGAGCAUGGCGUUUCCUCGACCUCAAGUCUCUCGCCAGCACUUGAGACACUUACACCCUCGAAACAGCAUGCUGCACCUCUGGUCCGAGUCGUCACACAGCUCACAAAAGCUUAUAUCUGUAAAGCAUCUGUUCAACUGCUCUUCUCGUGCAUGGAAUCGCUCGGUGGUGUCGGGUACCUCGCCAAUGAAGAACAAGAAUACCUCAACAUCGCCCGUUUGCAUCGCGACUGUGCCGUGCUGCCCAUAUGGGAGGGCACGACAGAUGUGCUAAGCACCGAUUUUCUACGUGCAUUGAAACAUACCAAGGGUGGCCGAGAAGCUCUUGACGCUCUUGAAGACUUUGUGAGGAGAGGUAUUACUUCCCAAGGAAAGAUACCUCAACCUCAAGGCUGGGACCCACUGGAAGCUUGGAAGGAAUUGAGACAGCGCAUCGAAAAUAUACUGGUAUCUAUCUUGCUUUUCAUCGACGCGGGCAGUGACGGUGAUCAAGUCUCAUCCGACAUAUUUUUACGCUUCCUCGAGACAAAGAACGUUGUCACGAAGCGAGAGAAGGUGUCGGCAAAGGAGCAGCUUAUGAGGGAUAUUGGGGUUGUGUAUGGAAGCACCGCAAGUGACAUGUCACCUAAGCUUUGA